CCGGGGCCGAGGAGCCCCAUCCCGAGAAGCUGUGACCUCCUACCCCGCCCCCAUUCAUCCGCCGGACUGGGCGGCAGCCCGGGGUCCGGCCCUGGAAAGAUGAAUGGAAGGACCGAUUUUGGGACAGAACAGAAUGCAGAAGUCUCACCACCACUGCCUAACAUAGGAAUGGAUUAUAUCCCAACAGAAGAGGAAAGAAGAGUCUUUGCUGAAUGUAAUCGAGAGAGCUUCUGGUACAGAUCUGUUCCCUUUUCUGCAACAAGUAUGUUAGUUACUCAGGGAUUAAUUGCUAAAGGAAUUCUUUCCAGUCACCCUAAAUACGGUUCUGUCCCUAAACUUGUAUUUGCUUGUGUAAUGGGAUACUUUGCUGGAAAAAUUUCCUAUGUGAAAACCUGCCAAGAGAAGUUUAAACGGCUUGAAAAUUCUCCUCUUGGAGAAGCUCUGCGUCUGGGACAGGGACGUCGACUUGCUUCACCUGGAUAUUUUUCACAAAAGCCAGGAUUUGAGUCAAAAAUGCCUGCAAAUUCAUCUUUUGGAACAUCUCCCACAUCUGAAAGCAGUGCAAAAGAAGGUCCUUUUCCUCCUUAUGAACCAGUCCCUUUCAGUGCUUCCAUGAAUGAAUCUACUCCUACCGGUAUUACUGAUUAUAAUACACAAGAACCUGAUACAACUGUGGAAGAAAGUCCUAAGAGAAAAGCUGUUACGUAUGAGGAAUUAAGGAAUAAGAACAGAGAAACAUAUGAAGUAACCUUGUCACAGAAGGGUGACACCCCACUCAAACCCAUGCAGGAAAGAACACCAAAAAAACAAGGGAAAGUAAACCAAUAUGGAGAUACUUGGGAUGAGUGAAAAAUUUGUUGUCUACUGAAGAAAGUUUGUGUUGAGUCUACUGGAGAGAAUUUCAGCUAACCACCAUCAUCUAGGUGGUCAUGAGCGUCUUCAGGAAAGUGCAGAAGCAGCCUCCACAAGCAUAUUUAAAAGAAGAAACUUGGGUUUUAGUAGUGUGGUUUAACAGAAAGUUUAAAAUUAAUUGUGGACUUUAUGGUUAAUAUUGUAUCAGUGUACAUACACUGCUUAGGAAACUAGAUGAAUGAAGGUACUGGAUUAUGAUUUUAUAGAGUUGAUAAAAUCGUUUACAAAAAUUGGUUAAAUUACUCUUAAAGUAUCAUCAAAAGACUCUGAUGGACUGGAAUGGGCAUAGACAGAUCAAGUACUAUAAUGUGUGUUUGUGCACAUAUGGGCAAAGCAACCAAAAUGUUAAGUAUUAAAACCUCAUGUGAAAAAAUUUACUUUUUUUUUCCUAAAAAGUUUGCUAUGUCUUCAUGUAUAUCCUGUCAAUUAAAGUUGAAAACAAUAUGCAGCCA